AUGGCGAACACGAAAGAGGAUCCGCAAACCGUUAUCGCCGAAGAGCUCGAGAUGACCAAGAAGCAAGACGAGGAACAUGUAGCAUUUGAACAAAUUAGCUCCGAGGAAGAGGCUGCUCUCGUUCGAAAGCUUGACCGAGUUCUAAUGCCCCUGAUGGCUUUUGUCUACUUCUUUCAGUAUCUCGAUAAGCAGUCCAUCAACUACGCCUCAGUCUUUGGCCUCCGCAACGACCUCAGCCUUUCAGGCCAAGACUUCUCCUGGAUUAUUUCCCUUUUCUACUUUGGCCAGCUUUGCUCCGAGUAUCCCGCCGCCUACCUCAUGGGCCGUCUGCCUAUAACGCUCUUCGUCGGUGUUACAAUCAUCGCCUGGGGUGCCGUCGAGAUGACCCUCGGCGCCACGCAUAACUUCUCAGGCCUUGCGGCGGCUCGCUUCUUUCUCGGCUUUGCCGAAGGCGCCGUCUCCCCGGCCUUCAUCAUCAUCACAUCAAACUGGUACCGCCGUCGCGAGCACCCCAUCCGCGUCGCGACGUGGGUGUCCAUGUCAGGUGUUUCGCAAAUUCUCGGCGCGCUGAUGAUGUACGGGAUCGGCGGCGCCGCUAAAAUGGCGCUGGAGAAGUGGAGGGUCAUGUUCCUUUUCUCCUCUCUCGUCAUCAACGGCUUCGGCUACUCCCCCUUCACAACAAUGCUCGUCGGCCUCCCCGGUGGCGCAAUCAGCUUCGUGACAAUCUGGGCCAGCGCCCUCAUCCCGCGAUUCUUCCCAGGCACGCGAGUCUACACCUCCAUCGGCCUCUCGCUUGUCCCGCUCCUCGGAUCCGCCAUGCUGCUCGCGCUGCCACUGCACGGCGCAGAGUGGGGCAUUGUGGCAAGCACCUGGCUCGCGGCUUGCUGCAGUUCUCUCCUAAGCUCCACGGCGUCAAUGAUGGCGUCCAAUGUCAAGGGGAAUACCAAGAAGAGUGUGGUUAGUGCUGGGUUCUUUAUCGUGUACUGCGUUGGGUGUAUUGUCUCCCCGCAGGCCUGGACGGAGGGGGAUGCGCCGCGGUAUACCAAGGGGUGUAUACUGAGUAUGGCGAGUUGGGUGGGGUUGAUUAUCACGUAUGCUGUGUAUGGGGUUGUUUUGAAGAGGGAGAAUGCGACGAGAGACCGGCUUGCCGCGGAGGGAAGAUAUGAGUAUGAUGUUGGUGGCCAUGAUGGAGGCGCGGAGGCGGUGCAGAUGGGUGUUGCGGUUGAUUCUGACUUGACGGAUGUGCAGGACAAGGCGUUCCGUUAUAACUUGUAA